CAAACACUCCCUGGACGCAACCGAAAUGUCGGAUGACGGACCCGACUUCGACCAACUCGCCGACUUUUACUGUAGAUCAUGGUACUUUGAGGAGCGGGAAAUUGCCAACUCCAUUGAGAGAAAUUCCCAUCCACUACUAUUCAUGGUAAUUGGGACAGAAAGUGACCAGUCUCAGAACCCCCCGGAAUCUGCGAGGUAUUUUCGUGGGCGCAGAUUUUGUCGAUGAGAUGUUGAAUAAGUAUACGAUACUGAAGUAGUAAUGAUGUGGUCAAACUGUGGCCGGUCAAGAGGAUGUUCCUUGGUCAUAAGAGCGAAC